AAAUCCCUAAUUGCAAGAAUUUUUAGAAAUGUAGUUAAUAGUUAAUCAAUAAAAAUAACCAAAUAUAACAAUGCCUGGGGAAAUAAGAUUUGUUUCUUUGAUAUAUUUGGGUGUGCUGAUUUUUGGCUUUGUGUCAGCAUCGUUUGAAAACAAUAGUCCUUAUAAAAUACUCGGGAUAGAGGAGGAUGCUACUCCUCAGGUUAUUAGGAGGGCAUAUAAACAUUUGGUUAAGGCAUGGCAUCCUGAUAAAAAUGAACAUCCCGAAGCUAGUAAAAUAUUCGUUCAAAUCAAACAGGCAUAUGAGUUGCUGAGUGACGUUAAUCGCAGGCGCAUAUACGAUCAGUAUGGAAUAUACAAUGAAGAGUCACACUAUUUUCCACCGAAAAACGAUCUGUAUCGGAGUCAACCUUCUUCAGAUCAGUUUGAAAAUUUUUUUGGAAAACAGUUCAACGUUGAAAACGAUAUUAGUUUCUAUCAUAGAAUCUCCAUCAGCACUAAAAUCUAUGAUAAUAAAAUAGUUCCCCAAAGCAAGACCACACCGUACAUUGUGAUGUUUUAUAAUGACUGGUGCUUUCGUUGCACACGACUUAUUAGCGCGUUUAAAACAUUAAUCAACGCUCUGGAACCACUAGGAAUUUAUUUUGCGGCGGUAAAUGCAGCUUAUGAACCUCUUUUAGUUAAAAAAUCUGGUGUGAGUAGUAUACCUACUUUGAUAAUAAUUUUGGAUGGACACAGUUACAUAUACCGUGAAAAUGUGUAUACAGUGGCCAAAAUUAAAGAGUUCAUAAGAAAAAAAAUGCCGUACGCAAUCACCAAGAAAAUAGAUGACAAUAAUGUGGAUGAUUUUUUGGGCGGUUGGAUGGAUAAUCGAGUGCGCGCGCUGAUCUUUGAACCUAGAAAUCAAACAAGGUUACGAUAUUUAAUAAGUGCAUACGCUUUUCAGCAUAGAGUUGCAUUCGGAUUCGUUCAAAUAAAUAACAGUAAAUGUGGGCAAAUUCAGAGUCGGUAUGAAGUUAACCCAAAUAUGGACACUCUUCUCAUUUUUAAUGAAGACGCCCGCAAACCUCUCGCCUCUGUUGCCUUGUUUGAGAUCCCUGUACAAACUUUAAAUAAAAUAAUUUCUUCAAAUCAAUAUCUUUUGCUACCAAGGCUUUCAUCGCAACAAGUUAUGGAAGGAGUAUGUCCAGCUGAAUGGAGUCAUCCGCGAAAACGCCUAUGUGUUAUUCUGAUUACAGAAAACAAUGACUCGUACAAUUACGCUCGGGUUGCUUUCCGAAAUAUUGCUCUUCGGACUGAUUUCAGCACAGAAAGAGUAAGAUUCGCCUAUAUAUUCAAGGAUAAACAAAUCAACUUUAUUAACGCGAUUUCUAAAGGCGCAGACACAGAUCAGCUCUAUCAAAUUGUGAUUAUUUGGCGGUACGAUCAAACUCGUAUAAAAUAUGAAUGGAUUAAAGGAGCACAGCUUAAUAUGGAACCAAAUUUAUUUGAUUCAAAUGAACAUGUUUUAAAUGUAACCAAGAGAUAUCUCGACAAAACCAUUCAAAGACUUUUAAAAACAAGUGAGACUUUCGAAUACGAAGCUUUUGUUCAAAAUCUGUUUGAUGAACAUGCACAAUCCAUAGUUAGUAGAUGGAUAACCAAAUUGGGUUAUUUGAGCGAGUAUUUGAUUGACAAUUUGGAAAAAGAACUUAUUCUAGCCAUGUUAUCACUUGUUGGGACCGUCGUAUUUAUGUUUGCUGUUGGUUAUAUUAUGGUCUACUUUGUUCGAGCUGAAGAAGAAAGCUUGAAAGAAAAGGGACAGCUGAAAACAAACCCUAACUGUUUAUUGAAACAAACUCGCAGUACUCCAGAACUGAAAUUACAUGAACUUAGAGCUGAAAAAUAUAAUGGAAUGGUUCGCCUGUUAAAACCGGGGUGCAGGACUAUAAUCUUAGUUACCGAUAUAAAAACCCGACCAAAGCUGAUUCCUGCAUUUCAUAAAGCUGUAUGGCCAUAUCGUAAAUCCAAAACUUUAUUAUUCGGUCAUAUGCUUAUAGAAAAAGGCUUGCUUUGGUACUCGGAAAUACUGAGACUCUCGUUGUGCGAGUCCAAAACUCUAAAUAUAAACCCCAGGAAUUGUGUGGGUACAGUAAUUGCUUUAAAUGGUCACAGGAAAUACUUUUGCAUGUAUCAUGCUAAACAUCCAGAGUCAAUCCGCGAUGGGAAGAGUUUGGUGAAAAUGACGAAACAUCUCUUGAGGGAAACUAGCGAUCCAGAAAUAGGAGCAUUCGUUGAAAUAAAUUCGGAUGACUCUGACUCUGAACCAAAAAUUAUUUUGGAGGAAAAUCUUUUGGACGGAUUAAGUAAUUGGUUGGAUAGAUUAUUCGAGGGGUCUACGCACAGAUACCAUAUAAACUACUGGCCCGAUUUCCCUACUAAGUAACGAUUUAUUAGUCAUUUACCAAUAUGCUUAUAAUUAUGACAUUACAAAAUUUAGCAAUUUAAAUAAAAUAAUUUAAACAAUGUUUAUUUAUCUAUUACUUAAGAAUGAAAAUUAGCUCUUAAAAAAUUCGUUUAAAUGUUAUAGAUAAACUCACUUUCAUUAUUUAUUAAUUAUCGAAUAAACUUACUAUAUACAUGUUG